AGUGCAGUAAGAAGGAAUGAGUUUUUAAAUCUCUCUCUCUGACAUGCGAAAAGUGCACCAUGCUCUCCUCCGAUCCGGACCCUGCGGAGGACGCGCCGGCCAGCGGUCCCGAUGAUGCUGAGGGAGAGGAGGUGGAGGAGGAGGAGCAGGAGGACUCGCCAGCUGAGAGUGAGGUCCCGGAGGAGCAGCUUCCAGUGAAGCAGUCCCUGGGCGCUUGCAUCUGCCGGGAGUCGCAUUGGCGCUGUCUGCUGCUCUCUCUGCUCAUGUACAGCUGCCUGGGCGUGGUGGCCUGGUGUCAGCUGACCCGGGUCACCAAAAUCAGCUUCAACCCCGCCCUUACCUCCUCCUUCACAGCCUCCUUCCCCUCCUCCCUGCGGGGGCCCCCCGGGAUGGGCGUCGGAGGCCACUCGAUGAUCUACCACGACAGCCCCUGCUCUGACGGCUACAUCUACAUCCCUCUGGCCUUCCUGCUUAUAAUCUACGUCCUCUACAUGGUGGAGUGCUGGCACUGCAGAGCCAGGACCGAGCUGCAGAGCAAAGCGGACGUGGACAGCGUGUACGAGCGCGUGCUGCGGAUGAGACGGGCCCAACCUUGCAUAUGGUGGAAGGCUAUCAGCUACCACUUUGUGCGACGGACUCGGCAAGUCACCCGAUACCGUAACGGGGACGCGUACACCACCACGCAGGUGUACCACGAGAGAGUGAACACGCACGUGGCCGAGGGUGAGUUCGACUACAGCCACUGUGGGAUGAAGGACGUGUCGCGUGACCUCAGGGGCUUGGAGGGAUACCCGGCGACGCGCCUUCGCUUCGCUAAAUGCUUCAGCUUCACGGAGGCCGGUCCAGAGAACGAUUACCUCAACCAGAGAGCUAGGUUCUUCUCUGAAAUCGAGGGCUUGGACGAUUACAUGGAGGCCAGGGAGGGGAUGCAGCUGAAGAAUGUGGACUUCCGAGAAAACCUAAUCGUCUACGUAGACCCAGAUAGGAUGCCUUGGUACACUUCCCAGGUUGCCUUCUGGCUGGCGGCUCUGCUGAUGUUGUCGUGGCCCCUGAGAGUGCUGACAGAGUACUACACCGCGUGUGUGCACUACCGCAUAGAGAAACUCUUUGGGUUAGAGUACAGGCCCUCUCUUCUAGAUGAGGACGGGCCUCCGGGGAAUAAUCCUGGUUGCAUUAUCCCGAGAGUAGACACACUGGACAGCACUGAGAUGGAGUGGCACAUACGCUGUAACCGCCAGUUGAUCCCCAGCUACUCAGAGGCCGUGCUGAUAGACAUGAGCACGGCGGACUCCAGCUCGUUGCAAGACACCGAAUGCACCUCGUCCUCAAACUGCUUCCUUCUGGACGCCAGUCAGGCGGCUCAGAGCUACGGCGCUCUCCAGAGCCAGGGAGACGGCGAGCAACGCGGGGGGGAGCCGAGCGGGCCGGGCGACGGAGCCGGCAGGAGGAGGACCAUCGCCAGCUCAAGCUGCUCCUCCAUCUUCUCCCGUCGGGGAGCGCUGCACCACUCGCACCUCUCCUCGGACACGUCUCGAUUCUCUCUCUGCCGCAUGUACGGCUCCCACCGCACCGUGUCUCUGUGGAGGAGCCACAGCAGCAGCCUGACGGACCCCUGCUGCGGGGACGAGCAGCGCUGGCGGUCCGACUCCAGCCGGCUGGCGCUCAGCGACAGUCCACCGACUUACAGGGACGCCCGCUUCUUCCCAGUUCUCAUCGUGCACCGGUCCGAGGGCUGUGGCGGCGAGGACGGGAGGGAAGUGAGGCGAUAUUACGUACGCAGAGGGUCGUCCUGUGUGGAGACGGAUCUGUGAAGGACACAGAGACACUUAUUUGUAAGAUAGAUUUAAAUCAGUAGUGAUCGAUGGUGUUGGUCACUGUUUGCUCCAAAGACAGAAUCACAAUAAUAAUGGUAUAUGGUACCAUAUGGUAAAGGUAGAGUAAUAGUCACUUCUAUUUUUUAACACAGGGACCAAAAGGUCCUCGUAUUGAAUUGCAGAUGUCUAUAUUAUUACGGUUAAAUUGUCUUGAUGAAAACUGCAUCACAUCUGUGUCAUACCCUCCUCAUGGCACCAACAGUCAGCUGCAGUGUAAAAUGAUAAUAAUACAUUUAUUAAAUGGUGCAUACAUGCACUCAGACUUGAAAGCUGCACGACAUUAGCAUCCUACUGUUUUCAUGAGUUACAUUUCUCAAAAAUCAGAGGAUGCCAAACUUCACCUGUUCCUAUGUGUUAUUAUACAUGGAAGGUGAGAAUAAUACAAGUAAAACAGAAAAAGAUGCAUGAGUUUUUCAAUUGUUUCGUUUCCACACCACACAGCUUUUUGGGAUCUGAUGAAUAACGUACAUUAACUUAAUGUCUAAAUGUAAGCAAUAACAGUAGUCCCGAUGAAUCAUUUCUGUGCAACAGUACUGUGACUUCUACCAUGUCAGAUUGACGAGAAUAACACAAUAUUUUUAUUCACUCAAAUUAGUUUAUUAAUUCAUACAUUGGAUCAUAUCACUGAAGCAAAUUUCUAUUUUAAUUUAAGGUCAGAAACAAAUGUUUACAAUUAUGUUGUGUGCAAUUGUGAAUUAAAAUAAAAGUUGGAAGAAAAAUCAGUUUCUUCUUUGAUUGUGUUGAUCUGAGGUGACAGACACAAGUACAUCAAGGAAUAGAAACACUGGAAUAACUGCUGACAUUCACUGAAUUCAACCAAUAAAAGUUCUUUGUGGUUGGUUCAAAUAAAGCAUUUAUGCAAGCAAAAGUUUUAAAGCAAGUAUAUCAUAUUUUGGGAUUAUUGUCACCAAUGUAUGAAUCAGUAUGUAGCAUUGUAAUGCUGUUGUAGUACUGUAAUCUCGAACAAUACAUCAUGUUUAUAAGAUAGCCAUGUUAUUUAUACGGAAAUUCAGAAUCUACACAUUAACAU